GCACAAAAUGUCUCCAACCUCCAGAAACACAGAGCUACCAAGUCUCAGGCAUCUCUAACAAAAAUGACAAAACUCAUAGGAAGAAGCAGAGUUUUAUGGAACUGAUGGAAAAUGCCAGAAUGAAAAGAACCAGAACUGUAUGUGCGUCAGGCCUCACACUGUGGCACUUUUUGCAGCUCUCAGACAAGUUUGGCUAUGAUGUAUCACAUACGUAACAUCCAAAGCAUGGCAUGUUCAGAGAGCUCCAAUAGCUCUUUCCCUGCUGCCAAUACUCCCUGGAGCUUGGCCACAAAAUCCCACAUGGAGCUGCACGUGUGCCUCAGAGCUGCGCUGUGAAAUAUAUCCAGUAAAAGGUUGUAGACUCUUCAGCAGUUUGAAGGGCCUGGCACUGGUGCAGGCUUUUCUCCCAUCAGCCAAGCUGAUGCCUUUAAUGUUUAUAAUAUAACGUUUAUUUUGUACUUGCAAAUUGUGUUAUUUCAGUAAUGUAUAGUUGUUCAGGAUAUAGAAGACUUAUACUCAAGAUACAGGAACUAGGUGGUUGAAGAAGCAGAUGUAAGUCUCAGAGCAGGGAACUGUUUUGUGACAAGUUCUUAGGUAACAGAAGAUAGUUUGCAUAAAGUUCCUGCCACAACAAGGAUGUUCUUAAUCGAAUCAUAGAAUCACCAAGGUUGUAAAAGACCCCCAAGAUCAUCUAGUCCAACCAUCCUACCUGCCACCAAUAUUUCCAAUAAGAUGAGAACGGGUGUUUGGUGCUGCUCUCAGCAAAGCAUCCCACAAAAGCAACUUGAGAAAGACCAGAGUGUUCAAAUAAAGGACGUACCAAACAACAAUGGAGGGUUCCAAGACCCCCACCACAAAUAGACUAAAAGACUGAGCAUGUGCAAGGAAGUGGAGCCCUAUUUUAGCGAUUUUAGGGAAAAAUAUUGAAUAUGUAUGUACUUUCCAGGAGAAUCUUUACAUAUGUAACAGAAGUAAUGUUUGUAAGCUGAAGAUCUCUUGCACCAGCUGCACGCGUUAGGCAGAACAAUCCCCCACGCAUUGUGUGCUGCAAUAAAGACUGUGUGCAGCUUAAUACCACGCUGGCCAUGAGGAGUUUCAUUCAGACUGGAGCAGGCCCAGUGUCAGGGGAGGCACCCCGACACUGUCACCCAUUUAAAACUGCGUGGGAAACAUUGUUUCUGGAGGCAUGAACCCCGCAGACAAGCUUCUAAGAGGCAGAAGUGCAAAGCAUUCAGGGUGAAAUAAGGUCGGAAAACACUGGUAAAUGAUAGCAAGAAGUAGGAAAGUGUUGGCGCUAAGCGUUUGAGGCGUGGGCACCCACCGGGGGCUGGCGGCGAGGGGCGCUCAGAAGGCCCCUCAGGGAGACCCCGGCUCCCCGCGGCGUCAUUUCGCCGCUCGGCAGUGCGGGAAAGGGGGGGCGGCGUCCUGAGGGGGAGAGGAGGAGGGAAGGGCGGGAAGGGGGAGUGGGGCGGCCUCGCACGUGUAGGAAGGCCAGGCAUGGGGGCUUUCUGCUUUCGGCCCUGGGAGCCCCGCCGCUAAGCCCGCAUCUCCAGCGCAGCCCUUCCCGCCGCCGCGAGGAGCCGUGCCCGGGCCCCAGCUCUCCAUCCAGCAUGUUGCCCUGUGGACCAGCUUUGACAUUUGUUCGGUGCUUGGUGCGUAAGAAGAAUGUCAAGGGGGAAGGUCUUGAGGACUCGUUGUGCCGAUGCUUAUCUACGCUGGACCUUAUAGCACUGGGAGUUGGAAGCACCCUUGGUGCUGGUGUCUACGUCCUUGCUGGAGAAGUUGCCAAGUCGAAUUCUGGACCUAGCAUUGUUGUUUCUUUCCUCAUUGCUGCCCUGGCAUCGGUGAUGGCAGGUCUCUGCUAUGCUGAGUUUGGUGCUCGUGUUCCCAAGACUGGUUCUGCAUAUUUAUAUACUUACGUAGCUGUUGGUGAACUGUGGGCCUUUAUCACCGGUUGGAAUCUCAUUUUAUCCUAUGUUAUAGGUACAUCAAGUGUAGCAAGAGCUUGGAGUGGCACCUUUGAUGAACUUCUUGGGAAACAGAUUAGUCACUUCUUCAGAACCUACUUCAAAAUGAAUUACCCUGGUCUGGCAGAGUAUCCUGACUUCUUUGCUGUAUUCCUUAUAUUGCUCUUGUCAGGUCUGUUAUCAUUUGGAGUAAAAGAAUCUGCAUGGGUGAAUAAAAUUUUCACUGCUAUUAACAUCUUGGUCCUACUCUUUGUUAUGAUUUCUGGUUUUGUGAAGAGAGAUGUUGACAACUGGAGAAUAAGUGAAGAAUAUCUCAUAAACCUUUCUGCAAUAACAGAGAAUUUUUCAUCCUACAAGAAUGUGACAAGUAUAUAUGGGAGUGGUGGCUUUAUGCCAUAUGGUUUCACAGGAACACUGGCUGGUGCUGCAACCUGUUUCUAUGCUUUUGUAGGAUUUGACUGCAUUGCAACCACUGGUGAAGAGGUCAAGAAUCCUCAGAAAGCCAUACCCAUUGGAAUUGUGGUGUCCUUGCUCGUCUGCUUCAUGGCCUAUUUUGGAGUUUCAGCUGCAUUGACUCUUAUGAUGCCAUAUUAUCUGCUAGAUGAGAAAAGUCCUCUGCCAGUAGCAUUUGCAUAUGUUGGAUGGGGUCCUGCAAAAUACGUUGUAGCGGUGGGAUCCCUCUGUGCUUUGUCUACAAGUCUUCUUGGAUCCAUUUUCCCAAUGCCACGUGUAAUCUAUGCUAUGGCGAAGGAUGGGUUGCUUUUCAAAUGUCUAGCUCAAAUCAAUUCCAAAACGAAGACCCCAGUAGUUGCUACUCUAUCGUCUGGUGCAGUAGCAGCUAUUAUGGCAUUUCUGUUUGACCUAAAGGCUUUAGUGGACAUAAUGUCUAUUGGCACACUUCUUGCUUAUUCACUUGUGGCAACCUGUGUCCUCAUUCUUAGGUACCAACCCAGUUUAACCUAUGAGCAACCCAAAUAUUCUCCAGAAAAAGCAGCCUUGGCUGCAUCAGAAAGAGAAUCUGCUGUAAGUGAAUCACAGAUAAAUAUGAUACAGGAAAGUCACUUCAGUCUUCAGACUCUGAUUAAUCCAUCCAGUUUACCUACAGAACAGACUGCAACUACUGUAAACUGUUUAGUGGGUCUGUUAGCUUUCUUGGUUUGUGGCUUGAGUGCUCUCACUACAUAUGGGACUCAUUUCAUUGCUAACUUGGAACCCUGGAGUACUGGCCUUCUUGCUGCAUUGGUGGUGUUCUUCAUAGUUACCAUUCUCCUCAUCCAAAGGCAGCCUCAGAACCAGCAGAAAGUGGCCUUUAUGGUUCCAUUAUUGCCAUUUUUACCAUCACUCAGUAUCCUGGUAAAUAUUUAUCUAAUGGUACAAUUAAGUGCAGAUACUUGGAUCAGGUUUAGCAUCUGGAUGGCACUUGGCUUCAUUAUUUAUUUUACUUAUGGCAUCAGGCACAGUCUUGAAGGUCAUCACAGCAAUGGAGAUGAAGAUUCUUGUUCAGAAAAUAGUGGGCUGCAAGAAAAGAACCCUAUGGAAGAAGUGGAUGAACCUGAAAAUGCAAAUGAAAGUGAUAAAUUUCUUGCACAUGAAAGGACAAGUGAAUGCUAAUUUAUGUAAACAAACAAGUCUUUUAAACCUUUAAUUGAUAUUUUACUUGUGGACUGAAAUUUCAAAAGCUUUCUACCAACAUUGUUCCUCUUGAAAGUGUUUACUACAAGGCCUGGCUGAUGCUUUGGACAAGCUGCUAAUCCAUCUUCAUCAUUUCAGAACUGACAGCAUGGAAGUUAAUAUUUAAAUAAAACAAACAAACAAGAGAAGUACCCUUUGGCAAGCAGAAAUCUGGAGGUAUUGUUUGAACUGAUAUACACUGUUGCCGGCAAUUACAAAAUAUGAAGAACUUUGAAACUACUUGCAAGAAAUUCAGAAUAUUUUACACUGCAUUAUAAACACAAGUGCCUUUUACAUGUCCUCCUUAUUUCUAUUACAUGGUCUGGUGUCCCAAAUAACAAUGCAACUAACUCACCAGUAAAAUACCAGGUACUAUUUUUUGUUGCUACAGAAAUCUCAUGGGAGAAAAAUUGAAAAAUUGAAGCCUGGAAAAUACUUGCGAAACAAAUGAUAAAUUGACGGACCUGAUGCUUUGCAAAAAGUAGAAGAUCAUGAAUUUAUAUAAAAAUAGUAAAGAAAGAAUUGCUUACCCUUACUAAUUAGUAGUCAUUAAGAACUCAAAUAGAAAAGAUCCUUUAAAGGCUUUAUUUCCCUCUAAAUUUUCACUUCUGUCUUACAUGAAUUCUUUUCAAUUCAGAGAUGUUCUUUAUAUAAAAUAAUACUUCCAAGAGGGAUUAUGUUGUUUUCUGCAAAAACUUCUCUUCAGAAAAAAUAUGCCCCAAAUCCUGACCUUCUUUUCAGAUAGAAGGGGAGCUGAAAAAAACACCAAACCCAGGCUUUGGAAAGAAUGCUUUUCAAA